ACCCCCUCCACACAGGCAAGUUGAGCCACCGCCUGUCCGGACGACUUUCUCUUCGCAUCGCUUAGGCUCUAGACGAUUACUUUUUUUAGUUUCCUUUGUCGGGACCGCUCUCUCUCUAUCUCUCUCUCUCGCAACAUCGUCUCGUGAACAACAAACAGACACACGCAACAACAACAACGCAUCUCGACAGAGGGCAGGCGAGCGCCAUGAGCUCGGAGGAGCUCACCAAGCCGAGGCUGGACGAGGCGCAGGCGACCGAGCUGAUCGCGCGCCUCUACGGCCUCGGCGUGGAGCGCCUGGCGCCCCUGGAGAGCUACGACGACCAGAACUUCCGCGUGGCCACGAACGACGGCGCCGCGUGGGUCCUCAAGGUCACCAACACCAGGGACAGCCGCCAGCAGGAGGUGCUGGAGGUGCAGACGCGGGUGAUGAUGUUCCUAAGGGACGGGGGCGUCCCCACACAGACGGUGCGACUCACCGUACACGGAGACCUCAUGUCCCUGCAGCGCAUCGACUUCGGCGAAGGAGAGAAAGAGUUCAACGUGCGGCUGCUCACGUACCUGCCCGGCGUGCCGCUGUCCACGGUGCUGGCGGACGGCAGCCUGUACUACCAGGUGGGCAAGCUGGCAGCCAGCAUCCACCAAGCCCUGGAGCAGUUUGAGCACCCGUUCCUGCGCUUCCUGCAACGAGACGAUUUCAUCUGGAACCUGUCGAACACCCACCUGCUCGAGUCCUACCUCUUCGCUCUGGACGGCGACCCCAACCAGGGCCUGGUCAGGGAGGUCAUCGCCAAGUUCCGCGAGGAGAUCCAACCCAACCUGCACAAGUUUACCAGAUGUAUCGUUCACGGAGACCUGAACGACCACAACAUCCUGGUGGAAGAAACGGGGCCGAUCCCCGCAGUCCAGUCGUCGGAGACGGGCGAGCCUGCCGCCGGCAGCCACUACAAGCUGUCGGGCGUCUUGGACUUCAACGACAUGAUGCAGGGAUACUGCGUGUACGACAUCGCCAUGGCCAUCAUGUACAUGAUGAUCGAGAGCUCGCGGCCCAUGGACGUGGGCGGGCACAUAAUGGCCGGGUACGAGAGCGUGCGGCCGCUGACGGAGGACGAGAGGGGAGCUGUCUACUGGCUGGUGGCGUCCAGGUUCUGCCAGUCGCUGGUGCUCGCUCGCUACACCAUCCUGCAGCACCCGGAGAACGCCGACUACCUGCUGACGACGGCGCGCACCGGCUGGGAGAGACUGCGCCGGCUCUGGGCCACGGGGCGGGAGGGCACGCAACGGCUGUGGUCAGACGUGGCCGCACGCCACACAAACACCGACUCUCUCUCUCUCUCGCCCCGUCUUAACUUCCCCGCCAAAUUAACUUAACGCUGCCGGGAGGUGUGGGUGGGGUGGGGGGAGGCAGGGGGCGAGGGGCCCCCCAGUCUCUCGUUAAGUGUGAUUGGUCACUGCACAUCCUACGGUAGAAAAGCGUGUCACUCCGAUACUGGACUAAUGCUACCAACGUUCUGGGAGGCUCAACCUGGACACGGGGUGAGCCGCGUCCAAUGUCACAGAGUCCACGCCCACUCAAUCACUAGCCUCGCCCACUGCUCGGGCAGCCCCCGCCCGCUGCUUGGGUAACUCCGCCCACUGUUCGGGUAGCUCCGCCCACUACUUGCGGGGCUCCUCUCACUGCUCGGGUAGCUCCGCCCACUGCUCGGGUAGCCCCUCCUACUGCUCGGGUUGCUCCGCCCUUUGCCCCACGUGAAGCCAGAAGGUGAUUUCUGGCUUCACUUGGGGCAAAAUCAUCACGUUGCCAUACAUGGCAGGCGUUACCAAAAAGAUUUCCAAAAUUCUAAACAAACACAAGAUCCAGGUCCGGUUCAAUACAGUACACAAAAUCCAUGAUCUGAUUUCAUCCGUAAAGG